AUGCGGGACCCCGGCGCGGCCGCCCGGCGCUCGCUCCUCCCGCCGGGCCUGAGCCCCCCGGUGCUGCUGACGCUGCUGCUGGGCGCGCUGCCCGCCGGGGCCGGGGCGCAGCCGCAGCACAGCGAGCGCGGCAUCUCGGUGCCCGACCACGGCUUCUGCCAGCCCAUCUCCAUCCCGCUGUGCACGGACAUCGCCUACAACCAGACCAUCCUGCCCAACCUGCUGGGCCACACGAACCAGGAGGACGCGGGCCUCGAGGUGCACCAGUUCUACCCGCUGGUGAAGGUGCAGUGCUCGCCGGAGCUGCGCUUCUUCCUGUGCUCCAUGUACGCGCCCGUGUGCACGGUGCUCGACCAGGCCAUCCCGCCCUGCCGCUCCCUGUGCGAGCGCGCCCGCCAGGGCUGCGAGGCGCUCAUGAACAAGUUCGGCUUCCAGUGGCCCGAGCGGCUGCGCUGCGAGAACUUCCCGGUGCACGGGGCGGGCGAGAUCUGCGUGGGCCAGAACACGUCGGACGGCGCGGGCGGCGCGGGCGGCGGGCCCACCGCCUUCCCCACGGCGCCCUACCUGCCCGAGCUGCCCUUCACGGCGCAGCCGCCGGCCGCCCCCGACGGCUGGCACCGCGGCGCCGCCUUCCCCUUCGCGUGCCCGCGGCAGCUCAAGGUGCCGCCCUACCUGGGCUACCGCUUCCUGGGCGAGCGCGACUGCGGCGCCCCGUGCGAGCCGGGCCGCGCCAACGGCCUCAUGUACUUCAAGGAGGAGGAGCGGCGCUUCGCCCGCCUCUGGGUGGGCGUGUGGUCGGUGCUGUGCUGCGCCUCGACGCUCUUCACCGUGCUCACCUACCUGGUGGACAUGCGGCGCUUCAGCUACCCCGAGCGCCCCAUCAUCUUCCUGUCGGGCUGCUACUUCAUGGUGGCCGUGGCGCACGUGGCCGGCUUCCUGCUGGAGGACCGCGCCGUGUGCGUGGAGCGCUUCUCCGACGACGGCUACCGCACGGUGGCGCAGGGCACCAAGAAGGAGGGCUGCACCAUCCUCUUCAUGGUGCUCUACUUCUUCGGCAUGGCCAGCUCCAUCUGGUGGGUCAUCCUGUCGCUCACCUGGUUCCUGGCGGCCGGCAUGAAGUGGGGCCACGAGGCCAUCGAGGCCAACUCGCAGUACUUCCACCUGGCCGCCUGGGCCGUGCCGGCCAUCAAGACCAUCACCAUCCUGGCCAUGGGGCAGGUGGACGGCGACCUGCUCAGCGGCGUGUGCUACGUGGGCCUGUCGAGCGUGGACGCGCUGCGCGGCUUCGUGCUGGCGCCCCUCUUCGUCUACCUCUUCAUCGGCACGUCCUUCCUGCUGGCCGGCUUCGUGUCGCUCUUCCGCAUCCGCACCAUCAUGAAGCACGACGGCACCAAGACGGAGAAGCUGGAGAAGCUCAUGGUGCGCAUCGGCGUCUUCUCGGUGCUCUACACGGUGCCCGCCACCAUCGUGCUGGCCUGCUACUUCUACGAGCAGGCCUUCCGCGAGCACUGGGAGCGGACGUGGCUCCUGCAGACCUGCAAGAGCUACGCCGUGCCCUGCCCGCCCGGCCACUUCGCGCCCAUGAGCCCCGACUUCACCGUCUUCAUGAUCAAGUACCUGAUGACCAUGAUCGUGGGCAUCACCACCGGGUUCUGGAUCUGGUCGGGCAAGACCCUGCAGUCGUGGCGCCGCUUCUACCAUAGACUCAGCCACAGCAGUAAGGGGGAGACGGCGGUAUGA